AUGGAAAUAUUACAAAAAUGGCAGGAAUCUCAUGAUAAUAACCUAAUGAAAAUUAUAGACAACCAAAACGCCAUUUUAAACACACUAGCGGCCGAAGUAAGUGAUAUCAAGUUGCAAAACGCAGAUAUUUUAAAAUCGCAUCAAGAGAUUGAAAAAUCUAUUGGUUUUGUGAAUCAACAGUAUGAAGAGCUUAAGGGUAGAUUUAUUGGCUUGGAAAGGGAACGCCUCCAAUUGCUAGAUUACAAUAAAUCUCUGGAAAAUAAGUUGAAAGACAUGCAGCUUAGCUCGCGCCGUUCUAGUAUUGAGAUCCGAAAUGUACCUCCGAAAGAGAAGGAAUCCUACACCGAUCUAAUUUCCGUGAUCUCCAGCAUUGGCGAUGUUAUAAAGUGCUCAGUUUCCAGGUCAACUAUGGCUUGGCGGACAGCUAUAUGUGUCUUCGCUCUGGUGUAUUUUGCUGAUGGCUAUUCAAAAUACGGGCGAACAUGCAAAGACAUCGGGUGUCUAAAUAGUGAAGUUUGCGUUCUCGCCGAAGAUCCGUGCAGUUUUGGUCACGCCUCCAAUUGUGGCACUUAUCCAACCUGCAAGAAGAAGUCUCUCGUUGCAGGGUCACAUGCUGAGCCUGACAAACCAGCUUUUAAACCACCUCAAUCGCCGACAUCAAACUCCGAUAACCCACCAAAGUAUAACCCACCACCUCCGCCACCCAGCGGUCAAAACGGCGGAAACUCACCUUACGGAGGCAAUUCGCCCUACGGUGCAAACUCAAACACUGGUGGCACCUCACCUUAUGGAGGAAGCUCACCAUAUGGCGGAAACUCGCCCUAUGGUGGAAGCGCACCUUACGGCGGAAACUCGCCCUACGGCAGUAACUCUCACACUGGUGGCAACUCUCCCUAUGGAGGGAACUCACCCUAUGGUGGUAAUUCACCAUAUGGAGGCAGUUCUCCUUACGGCGGUAGCAACAUUAACCAUGGAGGCUCACCAUACGGCGGAGGCAGCAGUAACGGAGGCUCUUCACCCUAUGGCGGCAGCUCUCCCUACGGUGGAUCUUCUAAUGGGGGCAGCAAACCGUAUGGCGGCAGCUCUCCCUACGGCGGCUCGAGCUCCAACACUGGAGGGUUCGGAAGCGGUGGCAGUCCUAUCGAUAGCAUCCUAAACACGCUGAACAAAUACGCAAAUGGCGGAGGUGGUACCGGAACCAACGGUGGCACUGGAAGCAACCCUCUCUCUAACGCCUUUGGAAGCAUCCUCAGCAAUCUCAACAAAAAUGGAGGCUAUCAGCAGAAUAGUCAACCGCCUGCUCAAAACAAGAAUUACGGGCAAAGUCAUGCGCAACACAAUUGGGCUUCUACACGCAGACCCAACUAUUAUUUUAGCGUGACAGUGGUUUUGAUGUACCUGAUACACCAAUGUGUGCUGAAUAUAUAA